AUGCAACCAGGGGUCGCCUUUUGUCACUCCACACAAGAUGGGCUUCGCGAUUGCGAGGUCGUUAGCACAUGGGCAAAUAACGGCGUAGCUCCCAAGACUCCAACAGAAAUUCGUUAUUUCCCUGAUGGUAAAGAGUCACUAUGGGGCGCCGAAGCCUCAUUGCCAUGUGAACGUCGUCAAUCAAAAGAUACAGCACCCGUUUAUAGUCGUUUCAAGUUGUUACUUGACCCGACUAUAUAUGGAGGUGUGUACGCCGGCCGGUCAAAGCCUUGGAGCCUCCUCCGCCGCCUAGAAGAUUUGAGGCUCGAAGAUUCAGCUUCUAUUAAACUCCCAUCGGGGAAAACCGCCAUAGACGUCUCUAGUGAUUAUCUCAAGUUGCUAUACAAUGAUCUGAUGAAUAACCGAUUGCGAAAACGGUAUCCGGACACCUUAGAUAUCACGCCAAUUGAAUUCGUAUUCACUAUCCCAGCUAUUUGGAGCCAUAAAGCACAAGAAGCGACACGUUAUGCAGCCAAAACUGCAGGCUUUUCUAGUCGACCAUCAGAUAGCUUGUCAUUAGUUUCCGAGCCCGAGGCCGCAGCGAUGUUCGUACUCCAAGCCAUGCGGGAGAAAAACUUUAGUCGAAUUUCAGGGCAAAAAACUACUUUGAAACGCGGCGAGAAUUUUGUGAUUUGUGAUUGCGGUGGUGGGACGGUCGAUUUGAUAAGUUAUGAGGUGGAAGAAGAGUACCCGAAGUUUAGUUUGAAGGAGUCAGUCGUGGGGACUGGCGCAAAAUGCGGCUCCUCUUAUAUCGAUGCUGCAUUCAAGAGUUUUCUCUUAGAAAAACUUGGAUUGCAUUGCAAAGAUGAAGGCUGGUUCAAAAAGCUUGUUGAAGGUGGAAGCACCUUGAUGAAAACAUUUGACUUCAUUAAAAAGAGCUUCGGCGAAACAAACAACGAUAUCUGGUUUUUGGAGUUGGGCACUGAGGUCCCGGAUGACGAGGAGGCUGGAAUCGUGGAUAGUGAGCUCGAAUUAACAGCAAAGGAUCUCCAAGCGCUAUUCGACCCGGUAGUUGACAACGUGAUUCAACUAAUAAAAGAUCAAGUGAAAAUCAUCCAGUCAACGCACAGCUCCGAGAUAGCACCAACGAUAUUCUUAGUUGGAGGGUUCGGAGAAUCGCAGUACUUGUACAAGCGUUUGGCUGAGUGGGCGGCUAAUCAAACCCCGUCCCUCAUAGUUGUCAAUCCGACCGAAUCUUGGUCUGCGAUCAUGAGGGGCGCGAUCAUCCAAACACUUAAGCCGGCAGUGCGGUCAAGGCGACUACGACAGCACUAUGGCUUUAGAUGCAAUUUACCAUUCAACCCCGCUAAACAUGAUAUCACUGAUGCCUACGAGUGCCCAUUUGGAGGCUGGUACCUCCGGAAUAGCGUGAAAUGGACAGCAGAAAUGGCAAGUCGCGAUCUAUUAACCCUUAGAUUGAGACUAAAGUCUGGUUAG